UGCUGCUAAUGCGAGUACACACACGCGAAACAUGACCUCUGCUGCUGAUUCUCAUAGGGCGAGGCGGCCUCCCAUGGCACUGGUGGCUACUGCUCUGUUGGUAGCACCUGGUGCCGCCUUUACAGCAUCAACUUUGCCAUUCCAGUAUCGACAGCCGUCGUCUAGCAGAAGAUUGCAGCAGCGAGCUUGGGAGCAGUCAUCCCGCCCUGUCUGUGGCGCUCCGGUGCUCGCAGCUAAAGGAAAAGGGGGCAAGGAGGGGGAAGCGGCAGCGCCUGCCAUCGACAUCGAGACGGUCUCGAGCGAGCUGCUGAUGGUACAGCAGGAGGCAGAGAAGGAGAUGAAGGCGGCCACAACUCUGCAGGAGCUAGAAGACCUUCGACGCAAGUACAUGACAAAGAAGGGACCAGUGCAGAAGGUCAUGGGGCAAAUGAGACUCCUCAGCCCGGAAGAUAAGCCGAAGCUGGGUAAGGUUAGCAACGUAGUAAAGGCGUCCUUGGAGGAAACGCUCAAGUCUUCCAAGGACGCGCUCGAGAACGCUGCCGUCGAGGCGGAGAUGGAGAAGGACAAGGUGGACGUCACGCUGCCCGGGAUCCAAAGCGGGAGGCACGCCCCGCACGGGCACCGGCACCCGCUGUCCAUCAUGACGGAGCUGGCCACGGACGUUUUCAUAGACAUGGGGUACUCCCUUGUCGACGGCGUGGAGGAUGCUCCCGAGAUCGAGAACGACUACUACUGCUUCGAGGCGCUAAACUGCCCCAAGGACCACCCGGCGAGGGAUAUGCAGGACACGUUCUACAUCGAGCACGAGGAGGGGGAGGAGCCCCUGCUCCUGCGCACUCACACGUCCUCGGUGCAGAUCCGGGCCCUGGAGAGGCUGAAGCCGCCGCUCGCCAUCGUGGCGCCCGGCCGGGUGUACCGCCGAGACACGCCGGACGCCACCCACAACCCCGAGUUUCAUCAGAUCGAGAUUCUCAACGUCCGAAAGUCGGGGGAGCUGCACCUGGGCCACCUCAAGGGUACGGUGGACCAUUUCCUCAAGAAGAUGUUCGGGCCGGACGUGAAGACGAGGUACCGGGGGAGCUACUUCCCCUUCACGGAGCCCAGCAUGGAGGUGGACAUCUGGUUCAAGGGGAAGUGGAUGGAGGUGUUAGGGUGCGGCAUGGUGGACCCUCGCGUGCUUGAGAUGGCCGGAGUUGACCCCGAGGAGUACUCGGGCUUCGCGGCCGGGUUCGGGGUGGAGCGUUUCGCCAUGGUCUUGUUCGGGGUGCAGGACCUUCGCAACUUCUGGAGUAGCGACAUGAGGUUCCUGGAGCAGUUCCCAGCGGACAUUCAGGACAUGAAGGAUGCCGUCAAAUCCGGCAGUUUAGGUGACCCAGUUGCCUGA